CGGACGGAGAGGAGUCAUGUUGAACUUUCGUUUCGCUUUUCGCCGUCACAAACAUGUUGUAAGUAAUUAAACAACGAUGUCUGAAAUACUAAUGAAGGAAAUGGAGAGUAUCUCAAUCGCUCCAGCAAAGGCAGAGGGGAUUUCAGACGGUGUCCGGAGCUUCCUGCUGGUGGAUGAACAAGAAAACCUGCAGGUCCGCGAUGAGUCUGAGUUUGUGGACAGACUCGGCUGUGGGGACGUGGCAGGAGUCAAAGUUCUCUCCAUCUUUGGCAACACCGGCGACGGGAAGUCCCAUACCCUCAACCACAUCCUGUUCGGUGGUGAGAGCGUGUUCUACACUUCCAAGUCCCCCAGCUCCUGUACGGUGGGAGUGUGGGCUGCGUAUGACCCCAACCAUAACCUGGUCGCCCUGGAUACAGAGGGCCUGCUGGGGGCUGCAGUCAAACAGAACCAGAGGAUGCGGCUGCUGCUAAAGGUAUUGGCAGUUUCUGAUAUAGUGGUGUAUCGUACACGGGCAGAGCGUCUCCACAACGAUAUGUUCCAGUUUCUGAGUAAUGCGUCAGGGGCCUACCUGAAGCACUUCACCCCGGAGCUCAGGGCCCUCUCCAGCCGCUGUGGUCUGGACGUGCCCCUCUCUUCUCUUGGGCCCGCUGUUAUCGUCUUUCAGGAGACAACACACACCCAGUUGCUCGGUCAUGAUUCAAAGGUGGCAGGCCAUGCCGACACGCUGCUCCAGAAGCGUUUUCACGACUUGGGCUUGAGGACAGAGGCCUUCAGCUCAGUGCAGUAUGUUGGCACCCAGACCAUCACGCCUCCCACUGACUACAAUAGGCUGCUGGAGGCCGUCAGGCAGCAAGUGAAGAACACUCACACACGCUCUCCCCGCCAGCCCGGGAUAGUGUUUCACGCUCUGGAGGCUCUAAGUGAGCGUUUCUGUGGGGAACUGUCGGACGAUAAGAUGACCCCCUACUCCUUCUUCCCAGACGAGUACUUCACCUGUUCCGCUGUCUGCCUCAGCUGCAACAUUCGCUGUAAAAAUGGAAUGAACCAUCUAAGAGACAGGGUUCCCCAUAUGGCUGAUGGACUGUGCCAGUAUGCACACCAGUUCAACAACAAAGUCCUUAUCUGUAAGAGAUGUUAUGAAGGAGGCAGAGAGGUGAUUGUCUUGCCCAAGACGUCAGCCUCAACUGACAACCCAUGGUUUGGACUGGCCAAGUAUGCCUGGUCAGGCUAUGUGUUGGAGUGUGCAAGCUGUGGUGUAAUCUACCGCAGCAGACAGUACUGGAUGGGAAACCAGGACCCUGAGAGCGGUGUGGUGCGAUCUGAGAUCAAGCACGUCUGGGAGGGGUCGGACACCUUUUUGACCAACCACCAGAACGCUGCCCAGAGGGUCCUGGAUGGGAUGAACUAUGUGAUCCAGUCAGUGUCGGAGUACAGCACCAGGCCCACCAAAGCUGUGGCUUCCUGGCUCACUGACCAGGUGGCACCACCAUACUGGAGACCCAACACAGACAUCACUGCCUGUCACGGCUGUCAGAAGGUGUUUGAGGAGGCAGAGAGGAAACACCACUGCAGAUCCUGUGGUGAGGGUUUCUGUCACCCCUGCUCCAGUCACAGGAUGCCGGUGCCUGAGCGAGGCUGGGGUAGCGGCCCUGUCAGGGUGUGUGAGGCCUGCUACCGACAGGGGGGGCCAUCUGACACUAACAACCAAGUGUGUAAGGUGGAGCCUCGUGGUCUGAUUGCUCGCAGGGUGACGGAGGUGGCCCAGUCUACACUGGACAUGGUCACCACAGCUGUGGAGUACCCUCUCUGUUUUGUGAAAGAUGUGGCUCGGCCAGACUACUGGGUGCCAGACCAGGACAUUACCCAGUGCCGCCAGUGUUCCAAAACCUUCACUCCGGCGAUGUCCAAGCACCACUGCCGGGCCUGUGGAGAGGGAGUGUGCGGCCCCUGCUCCACACAUUUCAAGCCUGUGCCCUCCCGAGGCUGGGACCACCCAGUCAGAGUGUGUGACAGCUGCCACGCCUGCACGGACAGUCUCUGAGCUUUAUCAACAGGGAGAACUUCCUCAGAUGAUCCAUAAGUACACUGUGAGUCCUGGCACUGCUGCACCAAGAGAACAACGAGAAUUAAUUAUGCAGCGCUAAAUGGCAGGACAUAAAACAGGCUUUUUCUGCGUGAAAAGACAGGCUGUUCUGAAGCUAAAAUUUGUCCUCACCUGGGUACUAGGCCUGGUGUUAUAUCAGUGCUGGACCCUGGAUCAGCUUUCCAACUCAUCUGCCUUUCUUUACCAAGUGAUUCUGCAGCAGUUAUGAAACAAAACUCAUAAUAGAUCACUAACGACUGCACCUCCGGACCAUUUAAACUGUCCUAAAACCAGUAGGACACAUGGACAGGUGGACAUGUGAUUAUAACUGACUGGAAAUUUAGAAAAUGAAGCAAUACAUCUCAGUUCUUAUAAGAACAGGGCUUGUUCUCUUACCUGCGCUGAAGUGUAGUCUCCUUUGUUCAUCCAUUUGUUUUUGCACAGCCCUGCAACAUGCAGCCCAUUCUCAAUUUGAUGGAUUUGUUUGGUAAAAAUGAUUGGAAAACAAGUGAAAAGGAUGCGCAGGGUAUAGUGGUAGUUUUUUAAAGUUUUAAGGAUUUUAAAUUGGUCUGUUUGAAAGACUGUCUAGCUGUCUCUACUACUUGCGUCAUCUCUGCAAAACCCUCAGAAAAGUCGAGAUUGUGAGUUUUGUUUUUAUCCUCACAAUCUUCCACUAAGCCAUCUCUGAGCUAAGAAAAAUUAUGAACAGAGGAGGGGAACACAAAGCAGUUCAGACUUUUGGAAAAAAAAGAAACUUUGUGUAUGCCUGUGCUACUCUGAAAAGAAAGAGAUGGAUAAACAUGCGCUACAGCAGUGUGUGCCUUCAUGGGAAUCUUAAUUUCCAUUUCUGUACCCACAUGGGGUUGUUUGAGGGGAUUACUACAUAUAUGCACGGAGUAAUGACAUUAUUUGUGCCUAAUUACAGAGCAGUGUAAUCCACAGCCUCGCUCAUCUAACUCUUAGGCCAGAAACACACUGACUGCGUUCACAGCGCGUGAGCGUCGCCGAAUCUGUUGAGGAUUUUUUCAGCACCGGUGUUAACAAGUCAGCAGUUGUCAGCAGAAAUAGAGAUUCAAAAUGGCAUUUCGACAGUUAUGUUGACUCUAUACCACCUUUUACCUCAAUUUAAAAGCCUCGCUCUGUCCCAGAGAUGAGGAAAUACAGACGUAUCUGUUUUACUCAAACUUUCUCUGGGCUGGUGUCAAAAUAAAAGACCCUGCCAGUGUGAACACUGCAAGCCUGAAACACGCUGCAGUUCGGCGAGGUUGCUGUCACGCACUGCCCAUGCAGCCAGUGUGUUUCUGGCAUUACACUUGUAUCUACAAUAUGGUGAAAUUAAUAGGAAGAUUAAAUCUGUAGCGCAGUACAUUAUAGACAUUCCAGUGUAUGGAAAUACCUGUGUACUUACAAAUGUAGAUUGACCUUUCCAAGGUUAUUAUAAAAUGUGGACACUUUUGAGCCACAGAGCGCUCUCACUAUAAUGAAUGCACUUGCACUAGACUGGACAUUGAGCUGUUCUGAUAUUUGAAAGGCAUUCAAAUUACUUUAAAAUGUUAAUGGAAAAUGAUCCUCGGUUUAACAUACUGGAAACACGAAUGCAUUUUCUCUCUGCCUAGAAAUCAAUUCACUUUUAAAGAUGUUUUCCAGUGUAAUCUGGAAAUUGACAAUCUUGAUAUUUUUUUUCUUGAAUCAGGCUUGUCCAAAUAAAGACAACAAAGGAAGAC